UCUGAAGCCAGGGGGAUUAGCCCUGUACUAUGUAUAUUUAGGUGAUAUUAGAUUAUUCUAUUUUAGAAAACAAGAAAAAACUCAUGAAAGAAGAAUCUUUGGUAAUUACUUUUUCUUCAUAAGUAGUUGGGAAAUGCAAACCUGUUGAUUAGAGCAGUGCAGCAGAGGAUGCUUUGGAUGCUCUGCGGGGGAUUUUGCCUUCAUACCUUGCAGUUUAAUGUCAGCAUUCUGGCUUCUAGUUUUGCCCUUCAACUCUUAUUUUCCAGCUUCAUUUUAGAACACACACAACAUGCAUCAGCUGGAUCAUCCAAAGUAGAUUUACAGUAUGAUCGGCUGCUGCUGUAUGGAGCAAAUUUGAUGUUGCAUAACUUGUUGUUGUUAGGUGAAAACCGAUGUUUUGCCUGUUUUAGCCUAAAGGGUUACAGGCUGUUUGACAGGUUGGAAGUGCUUUAUAUUGUUGCAUGCUUUCGAAACAUAUUGCAUGCAGUGAAAAAACAAUUUUAGUCCCUGUACAGCAUGUAUAAUUAGUCUUCUCCUUUAAGAAACGGGAUAGGAUGCUUAGAUAAACAGCAACAGCGGUGUUUUUCACUCAGCCCCAUGGUGGUAUGUAGCCUGCAGAGAAUAUGUAAGUUGGUACCUCAGGACCUGAUCCCCCACUGAAUGAGAGGAUUAGCCUCCCUUCUGAUGUAUGCACACACUGGUCAGGCUUUCACUGAAACUACAAAGAGUAUACAAUGACCAAAAGAUCAAAUAGCAGCUAUUUCUGUUCAUUAGUCUUCUUUGAAAUGCAAAAUAUUUUCAUUCAGUUACAGUUACGUCAUGCAAAUGGUGAUAUAAUGAAAGAUCACACUUAGACCUUAUGAGUUGUUUAUAAGGAAUCAAACACCUCAGUGUCAUUCAGAACUAUUGUCAGUCUUUGUUGGUCAUCUGUUUUUCAGAGAGAAAGAAAAAUACGCAAAUAUUAAAUAAUUUCACCCCACCGCAGGUUUUUGAUUCAAGAAAAUGAACUGAGCCAUAGAUAACUGUAUUUAAAUGGAAGAAGACGCCCGAGUCUCGAUGUUAUUUCAUUUGGAGGAAGUAAUAUAGUCUUUCCUCACUGGAAUACAUUUGAGAGUUUGGUAUGACAUAAUGCACACACAACAUGUUCUUAAAAAAUAUACUGCGUCUUUAAAAAAAGCUCCUUCAGAUAGGUCAUGUCACCACUGGGGAUAGACAGCAGCAUGCUAUGACGCUACGAUGAUUGGCGAGGUAGUUAGGGAUUGAUUUUCAACCCUGACAAUAAAUGCAACAGCAGGAUGUCUGAGGGAUUUGUCAGCCCCCCUCCCUUCCAGUCAAAAUGCUCCCUGUAAUUAUCCUCAUUUGCUGCUCCAAAAUUGCCUUCUUGUUGGAAGAAAUCAUUGAAGAGAAGCAGCACUGGCAGAAACAGGAAGCGCAGGCUGUCUCUGCCCAAUACAGAUUGAGUACUGAAGCCUCCGGGGUUUGAUUUAGAAAGUCUCCACAGAGGCGCAUUAGGACAACAUCACAUUUGAUGUUGUUAAAGCAUCCAGGGAACCUUCUGAGUAAGCAAAUAUGACAUUUAAGUGACUCAUUUUUGUUUUUUCAAAAGGACGCCCUCUAGUUCACACCACUACAGUACACUGCAGUCUGUAUAAGAUGGAGUAAAAAUAAAAAGGUUGCAGGUUAGCGAGAGUGUGACUAUAUUAGAUGUUCUAUUUGAAGAAUUACUAAGGUUUUUAAUAAUGCUCCAGCUGCUUAUUAGAGAUCAUAAAUUCAAGAUUGUGUGCUUGCUGCUCUGCUGAAUGGUUGUUUAAGCUGAUAUUCCCCAUGCUGGAAGAGCUUUUAUCUUAUUAAAUCCAGCAGAGCGGAAUAAACAGAACUAAAUGAAUCUCUCACAGAUUAAAUUUCUUCAAGGGUUGUAAAACCUCUGUACACAUAAUACCCUGUACCAUGUCCAUCAGGCAGAAAGGCUGUGGUGUAGCAUAUGCUGUGCAGUGAAACUCUUCAAAAAUGUGCAGGAUUUGUGGAGCGAACCUCGGCAGAGAGAGAAGCAGUAGGUGAAUCACUUCUGUGGCUGUGAAAGAGCCAGUGCCGAUAUUAGACCGACACCCACUCACCAGUUUGGCUAGUCCAUGCUGUGCGCUGUGUUCCACUUGUUGAACCACUUAAAACAGUGCAAAUAACAUGUAGCAGUGGAUGUUUAUUCACAGAUUCGCAAUAAUUGAUUAGCUAUCGUUAUCUUCAAUACAGCAGCUGUCAUAUAAACGCAGUGAAGGGUCAGAGUUAGGGCUGGAAAAGGCAUUCUAGCACUUUGGAAAGGCAGAGCAGCAUAAAAAAAAAAAAUCAAACACAAUUUCAAGUAUUACAAAAUUCUGAUUGGUCGUUCAUACAGUAAUGGAUCUUUGACACACUGCACUUUGCCCACAUCUCGAUCACACCUCCUUCGGAUGUGCCACGCCUUGUCAUCAUUGCAUGUCACAUAAGUCAGAGUCCGUGUCAUAAACUGCUACAGUAAUGACCCGACAGAGAUCCUGUAACGAUGGUGCUCAACCCAACACACCUUCAGCUGAUAACCUUCAGUCAGUCACUCCUUAUGUCCAUCCUCAGUCUGUGCUGCAGGUUAGCUGUUGGUAUAUCUCUUACUUACAUGAACCAACUUAUCUGGCCCUAUACGGGUCUCAUGGACUUGUGCCCUAAGGGUGGGACCAUCGUUUCAAAGGACAUUUGCACGUACUUAAUAAUAUGGUGCUACAAGGGGUAUACUGCAGAGUCCUCUGAUGUCAUCUGCUGGUUGCAGCACAUUGAUCUGUGGAGAGUUGUCUUGUUUGAAAGUUGAUCUCCGUGGUACCCGCCACCUCCUCACUUCCCAGCAUUCCUUGCCUGGGAUCCCUGUGGCCUUGAAACAAUCCAUUGACCUACGUACUUCCAUGGAUGGAAAAUACAAGGAGAUUGCCGAAGAGCUGUUCUCACGCAGCCUGGCAGAGAGCGAGAUGCGGAGCGCCCCCUAUGAAUUUCCAGAGGACAGCCCCAUUGAACAGCUGGAGGAGAAACGUCAUCGCCUUGAGCGACAGAUCAGCCAGGAUGUCAAGUUUGAACCUGACAUACUCCUACGAGCCAAGCAAGAGUUCAUGAAGACUGACAGUGCCACAGAUCUUGAAUACAUGAAGGAGCAGAGCCAAAUUCCUGACCUGCAGGAGAGAGAACCGGUCCCUGAGAGGGAGUACCAGCGAGUCACUAUUUCUGGAGAAGAGAAAUGUGGGGUUCCAUUUACAGAUCUGCUGGAUGCUGCCAAAUGUGUAGUGAAGGCUCUGUUCAUCAGGCAAAAGUACAUGGGCCUGUCGCUGCAGAGCUUCUGCAGAACCACUGCUCGUUACCUGCAGGAGCUGAGUGAGAGACCCCUAGACUUAGAUAUCUAUGAGGAAGAGAUCCCAGAAACCACAGUCACUGCAAAUGCCACAGUGCACCCACCUGUUUCUGAAACACACCCCUAUGAGAACGUGGACCCCACCAGCAUGCCCCCUGAUAUGGGUUACGGCUGUAAGAUGGUGGAUGGUGUUAUGCACUUGUACACGACGAGGAACACUAUGGAUAAGACCACAGAGCUGGAUCUGCCGUAUCCAGACCUGCAGGAGUACAUCGCUGAUAUGAACGUCAUGAUGGCUCUCAUUAUAAACGGGCCAGUAAAGUCCUUCUGCUAUAGACGUCUGCAAUACCUCAGCUCCAAAUUCCAAAUGCACAUCCUGCUCAAUGAGAUGAAGGAGCUGGCAGCACAGAAGAAAGUCCCACAUCGAGACUUUUAUAAUAUCCGUAAGGUUGACACGCACAUUCAUGCUUCCUCUUGUAUGAACCAGAAGCACCUUCUACGUUUUAUCAAAAGAGCCAUGAAGAAGUAUCCCAAAGAGAUUGUACACGUGGAAAGAGGCAGGGGUCAGACACUGAUGGAGGUGUUUGAGAGCAUGCACCUUACAGCCUUUGACCUGAGUGUUGACACACUGGACAUGCAUGCAGAUCGUAACACUUUCCACCGAUUUGACAAAUUCAAUGCCAAAUAUAAUCCCAUUGGCGAGUCCAUCCUGAGAGAGAUCUUCAUCAAAACGGACAACUACAUUGAGGGGAAAUACUUUGGUCACAUUAUUAAGGAGGUGAUGGCCGACUUGGAGGAGAGCAAGUACCAGAACGUGGAGCUCAGGCUGUCAAUCUACGGCCGCUCCAGAAACGAGUGGGACAAACUGGCCAGAUGGGCAGUCAAACAUCAGGUCUACUCCGACAACGUGCGCUGGCUUGUCCAAGUGCCACGACUCUUUGACGUCUACCACACGAAGAAGCAGCUGUGCAACUUCCAAGAAAUGCUGGAGAAUAUCUUCAUGCCUCUGUUUGAGGUUACGGUCGACCCCAGCAGCCACCCAGAGCUGCACCUCUUCCUUCAGCACGUUGUGGGUUUCGACAGCGUGGAUGAUGAAUCAAAACCAGAGCAACAUAUCUUCAACCUGGACAGUCCGCUCCCAGUCAACUGGACAGAAGAGGACAACCCGCCCUAUUCCUACUACCUCUACUACAUGUAUGCAAACAUGACUGUGCUGAAUCACCUGCGCAGGCUGCGGGGGUUCCACACACUCGUCCUGCGUCCUCACUGUGGCGAGGCAGGGCCGAUCCAUCACCUGGUUUCUGGUUUCAUGCUGACCGAGAAUAUCUCCCAUGGGCUGCUGCUCAGGAAGGCUCCUGUGCUGCAGUAUCUAUACUACCUAGCCCAGGUAGGCAUCGCCAUGUCUCCUCUCAGCAAUAACAGCCUGUUUCUCAGCUACCAUCGUAACCCACUACCAGAGUACCUGUCCAGAGGCCUCAUGGUCUCUCUGUCUACAGAUGACCCUCUGCAAUUUCACUUUACCAAGGAGCCAUUGAUGGAAGAGUACAGCAUUGCUGCUCAAGUGUGGAAACUGAGCUCCUGUGACAUGUGUGAGCUUGCCAGAAACAGUGUACUGAUGAGUGGAUUUUCUCAUAAGGCAAAGCGUUACUGGCUGGGCCCAAACUACAUUAAAGAGGGACAGGAAGGCAAUGACAUCAGGCGAACCAACGUUCCUGACAUCCGUGUCGCGUACCGGUACGAGACCAUGUGUGAGGAGCUAAAUUUAAUCACACAGGCCAUUCACACAGAUGAGCUGGAGACCAUCAGAGAGGAGGGAAGUCUUUGUAUGGGAGCUGUGCAGGUGGAGAAGUGACCGUGCUGCACAACACAAACAAAAUUCUCACCACAUUCCCUGUUUUUACAUCAGGACAUUGCACAGAUUUACAUGUAAACAUAUCACAUCAUGUAAAAAGAGAAAAGCUAUGCUACAGGAAGAUAAUGAGAGCUGCUGGUAGCCAAUAUCAGGGAGAGAAUUUAUAGUCUGUGCACCCAAGGUGUUUGCUUCUUUUAGUUUUUUGAGUCCCGCUUUCUUUAUGUUAUCACAGUAAUUAGAAUUUCAUAACAUCUUUUGUUCUUUAUUUUGUUUUGUUUUUUUAAUGGUUUGUGACCAUAUCGUGUCAUAUUUACAUGUUUGUACAAUGCAAUUCUUCCUGUAGCAGAUUUGAGUAACAUUCACAUUCAAAAUUUUAAUCAACUCAUAAAAAAUACACUGGAUCCAACAAAGAAUCAAGACUCCAGCGUAACGCCAUGCAGGUCUCUUUUAGGCCUUUCGUGCAAUUUAAGUGAACCAAGAUCAACUGUCUUGAGAAUCCGUAAAAGGCUUAAACUAUUAAGAAAGGAGAGGGCAUAGAAACUAUUCAACUAUGUCUCAAAAGUAAGGCUGUUGGCGGGUGUUCAAGGCACCAGUAAUGCAGGCCAUACAGAGGAUACGUGGAUGACUGGAAAUGUACUGAAGAGUGUUGCGUAAGAGUCCCAUGGAGAGUAAACUAAAGUUGACCAAAUAGACGUGGAAGGCUGCCAGAGAAAUGGAGCAGAUGAACUCCCAGGAUUUUAUAACCUGAAAUAACCUGAACCUUAAACUUAAGCAAAGCAGGAUACAGCAAGAAUUCAUAUUACUUUUAGACCAACAAAAUAAACUACGCCUUGCAGUCGCAGUGAAACCUGAGGAAAGAGUUAAACACCAGCGUGGACUCAAGGACAAACUGAUUAGAAUUCAGUGGUCAAAGAUUAAAGUCAUCGUGACUUCACAAAUUCACUGGUCCUUGGUUCUUACUUUAAAUUACUUCAAAAUCCACACAUCCACAGUAUUAGUAAAAGCAAAUUUGCAUCUACAGAUUGUGGUUUGUGUAACAAGUUGAGCUGCAGCAGACAUGCCCUUUUUAUGAACAGCUGAUUGAUUUUGACUGAAUGGGGUCACACGCGUUUCCAGUCACACUAACUUAAUUAUUAUUGGGUUAUUUGAGACUUAGAUGUUCAAAUAUAAUUUUAACUUGAGUGUUUCUUGGCAAAUGAUUAUGUAGCUGCUAGUCUAGUCAGGGGGGUUUGAUCUGUUUAUAGCGAGUCUGUCAGAGUUUAUUAAAAGUUUAACCUGCUUCAGUAACAUUUUUGUUUCCUUGUAGAAAAGGAAUUCCCCCCGAGACGACAGAAACUUAAAAUGCUAACACACCCAUUCCUAAAUUAACAGCCAAAUAAAUUACAAAUAUUACUUAUUGUUUAAUAGUUUCUGAAAUCAUUACAUUUACUAAAUCAUGACAUUUGUAGUGAAUCGGUUCAGCAUCCGGUACAACAGCCUUUUAAUAAUGUCCGUAGUAAAAAUGACGAACUUGGUUGAAUUGUUUUAGGUAUAUGGUUGACAUUUCUGCUAUAAUUACCCACAGGACCUUAUGCAGGGUAACUAGCUUAAAAAGUCUCAGUCUUCAGAUAGUUUUACUGUUAUUUUAGCAGUCAUUUCAAUGACUCAGUGCAGUGAGAGCACAUAAGCAUUUGUGUGCAGUGACGCUUCUCAUUUGUAUUAUACUCCUAGUUUGUGACAUUGUUUCUGGCAGUCUAAACUUAAUUAUGGUACCAUCUGUCCUUUACAUUAAGUUAUUUCUGAGUAAUAGUACAGUGAGUGGUGCAUGCUGAUCCCCUCCCUCGGUGUUCCCUCCCUGCACAAGUUCAACCAUUGCCAAAUCAACAAAAAGUCAUUUUUAUACAGAACUGAGAAUCUGCUAACUUGACAAACUCCUGCCUUCAGUUUAGGUCCUGGUGUCGUCAAACGGCUGCUUGUUGCUAUUUCAAAAGCACUGUGUGUCCUCCCACAGAAACAUGUGUGUGGUUUGUGUUCAGUAAAGCUGUUUGUGUCUGUAAAAAAUAAACCUUAUUUGCAUUGGA